CUGAGAGGGAGGGAGUGAGAGUGACAGUACAGUGCUGGUGGAGUGGGAGGGAGAGUGGCUGCCAGAGUCUACCCCCCACGCGGUCCCGGCCUUCUCUCUCUCUGUCUCUCUCCCUCCCUGUCUGUCUCUCUGUCUCUCUGUCUCUCUGUCUAUCCGCCUGCUUCUCGUAUAACUCGCCGAGGUGAGACGAGGCGACGGGGCAGACGAGGCGAGGCCACGGACGAAGCUUUCUCCGCCGCCGAGAGAGAGACGAUGGCGCUCAGCUGACAUCGCGACAGCGCUGAACGAAGAUGGGAAGUUCGGAAAAGGACGAGACGGUGGUGAACGAGGGGAAGGAGGAUGAGAUGGAGGUGCACGCCUUCCGCUGGUGCGCGUGGAAGCUCGUGCUGGUGGGGGUCGGUGCCGUGUGCACGGGCGGCCUGCUACUCCUUGCGCUCUACUGGCUGCCGCGCUGGAACGUGCGGGCGACGUGCUCGCGCUGCUCGCUGCAGCAAGCGGGCAUCCUGCUGCUGCGCACAGCGGACGAAUUCAGUAUCUGGUACCGCGUCAAAGUGCGUCACAUGGUCAGCACCUCCACCAAUCAGAAGCCGCUGUCUAUGGGGGCAGAUGAGACCGAUGACAUCAUUCGUCUGCUGAGCCCAACAUCGUCGUCGGCAUCCGCGGAGCACGAGCACAGCGUCCGCUACUUUGCACACCAUUUCGUCAAGUACCUUUGGGAUCCCAUGAAUUACAAGUUCAUCCGCCUCAGGGGUCUGGAGGAGGCGGUUCCUCUGGCGGCGUUUUACUCGACCCGCUCGCACGGCCUCCAUGAGGAAGCGCAGCAGUACCUGCGCACGUUUUACGAGGAGAACCAGAUCGCUGUCAAGGUGCCGUCACACCUCAAGCUGCUCUUCAAAGAGGUGCUGAACCCGUUCUACAUCUUCCAGGCGUUCAGCGUGGCGCUGUGGAUGUCGGACGAGUACUACUAUUACGCCUCGGCCAUUGUUAUCAUGUCCUUCAUCUCCAUCGGCACCUCGCUGUACUCCAUCCGAAAGCAAUACUUGAUGCUCCAUGACAUGGUCGAAGCUCACAACGUGGUCGGGGUGGUCGUCUGCCGUCCAGGGAAAGACCCGGAGUCGAUCCUGUCCACGGAGUUGGUUCCGGGAGAUGUGAUGGUGAUCCCGCCCGGUGGGACCAUCAUGCCAUGCGACGGAGCUCUCAUUAGCGGAAGCUGCAUCGUUAACGAGAGCAUGCUCACAGGCGAGAGCGUCCCCGUCACCAAGACGAGCUUGCCGCGCCCGGCGAGUGACGCGACGGGGCAGGACGAGUUCUUCGACGCGGAAGCGCACAAGCGGCACGUGGUGUUCUGCGGCACGCACGUGGUGCAGACGCGCUUCUACAGCGGGGAGAGCGUGCGGGUCGUCGUCGUACGCACAGGGUUCGGCACGGCCAAGGGGCAGCUGGUGCGCUCCAUCCUCUACCCGAAGCCGACCAACGUGCGCCUCUACCGCGACGCAUUCCGCUUCCUGCUCUUCCUGGUCGCCGUGGCGCUCGUCGGCUUCAUCUACACGGUCAUCUCCUCCACGCUCAAGGGGGAGAAGGCGUCGAAGAUUGUGGUGGAGGCGCUGGACAUCAUCACCAUCACGGUGCCGCCGGCGCUGCCUGCCGCGCUCACGGCGGGCGUGGUUUACGCGCAGCAGCGGCUGAAGCGGGCGGGGAUCUUCUGCCUGAGCCCCAACCUCAUCCAGGUGUCGGGGCACACGCACCUCGUCUGCUUCGACAAGACGGGAACCCUGACGGAGGAUGGCUUGGAUCUGUGGGGCGUCAUCCCGGUGGAAAACAAUGUCUUCUCUCCCGUGUGCACCGAGGUGUCGCACCCCGAGCUGGUGCACACGCCGCUGCUGGCCGCCAUGGCCACCUGCCACUCGCUCACCCGCAUCGAGGGGCAGCUCACCGGGGACCCACUCGACCUCAACAUGUUCAACGCCACGGGAUGGGUGCUGGAGGAGGCCACCUCGGAUGAGAACGCCAAGUUUGACACCAUCAUGCCCACCGUGGUGCGGCCGGCCUGCAACCCCAACGUUGCCACCAAUCAGAAAGCGGUGUGUGACGCCGACUCGGCCAAUCCCAACUCGGAUCCUGACGUGGAAAUGUACGAGAUCUCGAGUGGCUAUGAGAUCGGCGUCGUGCGCGAGUUCCCGUUCUCGUCGGAGCUGCAGCGCAUGAGCGUGGUGACGCGCACGCUGAGCGCCCGCUGCAUGCACGCGUACACCAAGGGCGCGCCCGAGACCAUCAUGCGGCUCUGCGUUCCAGCCAGCGUCCCCAAGGACUUUGCCGAGGUUCUGGAGCAGCACACGCGGAAGGGAUACCGCGUGAUCGCGCUCGCUCACCGGGCCCUGCCGCACAAGCUCAACUGGCACCGGGUGCAGCAGGCGAGCCGUGACACGAUAGAGAGCGGGCUGCAGAUGCUGGGUCUCAUCGUAAUGCAGAACAAACUGAAGCCCGAGACGGAGCCCGUGCUGCAGCAGCUGAAGGAGGCGCGGAUCCGAACCGUCAUGGUCACGGGCGACAACCUCCUAACGGCCAUGUCAGUCGCACGGGAUUGUGGGAUGGUGCACGCCAGCGAUGAGAUCAUCGUCACCGAGGCGACGCCUCCUGGAAACGGUCUCCCGGCAACCAUCACGUGGCACCCGGAGCGGCCAAUCGGCAACGAGCAGCCGCAACAGGGCUGCGUGGUGAACAUGUCCUCCAAUCAUGAAUUCCACUUUGCGAUGAGCGGAAAGUCGUUUGCCAUCAUCUUUGACCACUUUCCGGACCUCCUGCCCAAGAUUGUGCUGCGUGGAACCAUUUUUGCCCGGAUGUCUCCAGACCAGAAAACACAGCUGAUUGAAGUUCUACAGGGCAUGGACUACUGCGUGGGGAUGUGCGGUGACGGAGCGAACGACUGUGGGGCGCUGAAGCGAGCCCAUGCCGGGAUCUCGCUCUCCGAGCUUGAGGCGUCCGUCGCUUCCCCGUUCACCUCCAAAACGCCCAACAUCUCCUGCGUCCCCACGCUCAUACGGGAAGGACGUGCGGCUCUCAUCACCUCGUUCUGCGUGUUCAAGUUCAUGGCGCUCUACAGCAUCAUCCAGUACCUGUCCGUGCUGCUGCUUUACUCGAUUUUGAGCAACCUGGGCGAUUUUCAGUUUCUCUUCAUUGACUUGGCGAUCAUACUGGUUCUGGCCUUCACGAUCCCCCUGAACGGUGCGUGGCCGCAGCUCACGGCCAUGGGCCCCCCCAGCUCGCUGCUGUCCGUGCGCCUGCUGCUGUCGGUGGCGGCGCAGGCGCUAACGUGCCUCGGCGUGCAGGUGUGCGCCUUCCUGCUCACGCAGCGGCAGCCCUGGUACCAGCCGUGGGCGCCCAACAUCACGUUGUGUCCUGGCGAGGAGACGCCGCUCAACUCGACGCACUGGGAACACGACGAAAACAACAUCCGCAAUGCCGAGAACACGACGCUGUUCUUCGUGUCCUCCUUCCAGUACAUCAUCGUGUGCUUCGUGUUCGCCAAGGGGAAGCCCUACCGGCAGCCCGUCUACAAAAACCGUCCCUUUGUGGCUGGGCUCAUCAUUCUCCCGGCGUUCCUCACUUUCCUCAUGUUCUACCGAUAUCCCGGCAUGGAUGACUUCUUUGAGCUGAUUUGCAUCCCGACGGUGUGGAGGUGCUACAUGUUGGGCUUUGUGGCAGCGAACCUGGUGAUAUCUGUAUUGCUCGAGGCAUCGGUAGUCACCGCCGCCUCCUACAUCGAGUCCCAGCAGCGCACGAAUUUAGCGUGUGAUAACACCAAUCAGUGGGCGGAAAAUUUUCUCCAGCGAACUCGCCGUGGAGACCGACAGUUGCCGCUGUCCACGCUGUGGGACGCGGGCCUGGGCGUGCGCCUGCAGCGGCUGCUGCGGCCGGGCGGCAGCGCGGCCAAAGCACGCUACAAGCGCCUCGCGCUGGAGCUCAUGGAGGACCCCGAUUGGCCGCCCGUCAACGUGACGACGCAGGCGCCCGAGGAGGCAGCCGCGCUGCACGCCGUCACGUGACCCCCCCCCACCCCCUGCCAUACGCACGCACGCACUGACAUGAUGCACGCGCUUACGGACAGACCCUUGUGAACAAAUGCACACGUGUACGGACACACGCAGACAUGCAUACGCACGAGAACAGAGACUUGCGCAAAACCUCACACUUACUUCAGACGCACAAGCGUACGUGCACAAUUCUAAACAUGUACGCGUGCUUAGGUAUACACGUAGUGCAUGGGCCCCGAGCAGCAGUCAGUACCCCAGCUGAGGUAGCCAGACCUUAGUUGUACCGAUUUAAUUAUUCGGCCAAUAGUUAACUGCUCACUUCCGAUGUUACUGACCACGUAAAUGAAUUGGAACUGCAAAAGCUCUGCCACAGCAGGUGGUACCGACGGGUGAAUGUUUGGCCUGGUAUCGUGGACUAACACACGACUGUGUUUAGUCCUGCACAGACGUACGCAAUCAUGCAUAGACAUGCAAGCACAAGAUAGGAUGCACAAACACACUGGACGCACGUAAAUCCACACACGCAAAUACAAAUACACCAACCCACCCGAAGAGAUCGGCGUACAGACACACAGCAGGUCUGAUCGCAGGAUUCCGUGGCCCCACAUUGCACAGCGUUGGUGCCACAUCAACUCCAUUGGUACAAAGCCAUGAACCUCCCAUCACCCCGAGCACUUGGAUGCACACGCACACGUCCACAAUACGCACACUCGCCCACUUGCACAAUUCCAGUUGCUUCCCGACAUUUUUUUUCUGAAUCACUGCGGCUGCAUUGGCCUUGGACUCUGGACCUCUGCUCGCCAGCUCCGAUCCCGAUCUUGAUCCCGCUCCCAAUUCCGCAUGUUUUUAUGACUUGAAGCCACCAGCUGCAUUGAUCCGGACAGUGGAAGGGGAUCGAUCUUCGGCCCUCCGGAUUUGACCAGCUCCUGUUGCCUCGUCCAGAAUUUUUUUAAUUGUUAGGAUCUGAGUUGGAUUGACAAAAUCCCACAACUUUUUUUAAAAACUUGCAUCGUCACGUGUACAUUGUUUUAAUCAACAUACGUGUUCAAAGAAAGGUGGUCUAUAUAAUUGAAAAGAAAGUCAUUUAGUACAUUGCCGCGUUCAAUUGAGCUGACUCGUUCAGAGCAGUGAGACUUCCACUGGUGAGGUCGCGAUUGACUUGGCCCCAUCGUCAUCGUCGUCACCACCAUCGCCUUCGUCACCUCCGUGCGCAUCGUCGCUCGUCACGCUCAUAUUCAUCAUCGGUGUCGUCAGCACCGUCAAUACCACCAUUCGCUGUCGUGAUCUCCGUUACACUUAGUUAUCAUCCUCACUCGGCAUCGUCAUCGUUAUCAUCACUCUGGGGUUGAUAGGGAAUGAGCACCGCCUGGAGAGGCUGCUCUGUCUUGUGCAGUGAAGCCACUGGCGACUUGUUGGUGUAUUUAUUUGUGGAAUAGACUGGGCUUUGCCAAAGUAACACGGAAUUGAAUUCUAAUACCACUGGCUCAGGACCAGUAACGGAGGUGAGAGCACUGCCUAGCACUCCUCUUUAGAGUUUGACGGUGGAGACCGAUGUUAAUUUUAGUUUGUCUUUUUUAAAUGAAGUGCUGCGCAAGUUUCUUGAAUCACGCCGCUCGAAUCACGAGCCUGGGAGACGUCUGACAAGGAUGCCAUCGAUUGAUUAAUCGAUGUUCAUGCAUCUCUUAAUGAAACAUACCAACGCAAAAAACAAACCACUCUUAUCUUGUAACGACAUGCCCAGGUGGUGUACGAGCGUGUGUCCCGGGCUGGCCGACACGAGUUAAAAAAAGACGCCUUUACAACGGCCGUCAAGAACGCAACCAUCGCACUCGAGUGAUCACGCUGCCAUGUCACCGCCAUGCCUGCAAGUCACUUUAAAGUCAUUUUUAUCAUUGAUAAAUCUCCGAAAUUCGUGUGGGACAACCAGAGGCGCAGGUCACGGAUACGUGUCGACAAGACCAGGCGUCUCCUCGUGUUAUUGCGUUGCGGUAUCCUCCGACUCGUGUUGGUUACGGGGUUCACUUUUACGGGUUUCAUGAAAGAAAAUCUGAAGCCAAAAACGUGUCCGCGGAACCGCGAAUCGCUUUUAUCCACGCGGCAUUGAAUCGGGGGAGGCCAGGGGUACGAAUCGGUCGAUCGAGUCGGCCACAGUGCGACUACAAGGCGUAUUCACGGACUUGUGAUUAAUGUGGGUGAGCAGAGACUCGAUUCGUCGGGAACCUGCGGCUUAAUCGCCCCCCCGGGCGUGACUCGUCGGUCGCGUGUUAGUUCCGUGAGCCCGUGGGCAGCGUCUGGACCUCCUGUUGGGUGUGGGGAGCUGUGGGGGGCAUGGCUUGACUCAAACCUUAACGCGAGUGGUGACGGGGGUGGCCAGUUCGGUACAUCACUGGGAAAACGAGGGCGAGUGCAUGCGUGCUGCUGGCCCGACUACAACCACCACCACCACUACUACUAUCAGCGUUAGUGCACAUCCACCACUGUGUCUCGCAUCAAUCUGCAUCAGCACUGCAAGCAGCACCGUCAUCACGAUCACCUGAUAUCACCAACACCACCACCAUUUGAAUCACCACCACAACUUCCGACACCACCACAACCACAACUACUGACACCACAAUCACAACUACCGACACCACCACAACCACAACUACUACCAGCAGCACCACUACAACUACCGACACCACCAUAACCACAACUACUACCAGCAGCACCACCACAACUACUGACACCACCACAACCACAACCACUACCAGCAGCACCACCACUUUGCCACCCCUUUGUUGCUACAGUCACAGGAAGAUGACGGCAGCCACUUUCAAUUGCAGACAAGUUGUCAAAUUGGUACACGCUCAGGUUCAUCGGAGAUACGCUGCAAGGCAUUCUGGAAAAACUCACCCCACCUUGCACACACCGCCUAUUGGAGAGUAUAAGCGUGCGUGAGCAGGCAUGGCAGCAUGAUUGACAGCCGGUAGCCUCAAACACCCUCGAACUGUGGCAACCGACCGUGCAAAUCUAAUGUCCACAAAGCGAUUACGCAGACCGAGGUCACCAGGUUACCGGACCAUCCGACGCUUAACACGAUGUCUCCAGAUUUCAGGAUGCCUUGCCAAAAAAAAAAAUGUGUUCCAACUGGGGCUGUCCGGCAUGACCGUAAACAUUUCUGCGGGCGAGUUUUACCUGGGACCCUGAGAGAGACACACCCAUAAUAGACCUCCAAUGCAUUUUCGAGGUUUGUACCGCGUGUCCUUUUUUCGCACGACGUCCGAAUUAAUUCGGUUCCCGUGACGAAACGUCGGACUUCGCGCCCACGCGUCACGAGCCGGGAAACGUUUGUCGGGGGGAGCCGCACAGCGGCACUGUCGCGAAAACGCAAGCGGCAGUCGGAACGACACACGUAUCGUUCCUCCUAGGAUCGUAAUCGGACGAGCCGUGCCGCAGAUUAGAAAGCUGGGUAAGCACCUUAACGCGCCACUCGGCGAUCCGAAGGACACGGAUACUCGUCCUUUAGAGGGCGAGCGCUUACGAGCGCAGCUCAGCUGGGCUCCACUCACCCUGGGGUGGGGGGGGGGUGUGGCUGGCCGAUUUGUGAGCGCGUGCGUCUGUGUCUCAGUGUUGCGUAAUUUAUGAGUAAUUUAAUGCGAAUGUUCUUCUCAAGAUUUAACUUUUAAGUUCCCGAUCAGUUUUUUUUUUCUUCUUCGUGAUACGGAUGUCGAUCAUUUUCAAUUGCGUGCCCACGUUUCCAAUUUACGGUUUCUAUUCAUGCGCACCGCUGCAAGCCAAACGUAUCCCAAUCCCACUUCUACCACCUGGCGAAACAGGGACGACGCGAGGUGCAGACGUGUAGCGAUUCGUCGCCCACAAUCCGAUGAAUUGCCACGAUUCUAAUUCACAAUUCAAUUGAAGAAUCUUUUUAUUUUUUAUUUUGACCUUCUCAUCUCUGCAGUCUCAUUGACAUCAGUUGGCCUUGACGUAACUGCGUAAACUAUUGUACACACAAAUAAACGAUACCCUUGCAACACGUUCAAAUCGGUGCAUUAACCAACCAUCGGCGUAAUAAGUUCAAUUGAGGAUUCGUCAGGUGCCGUUGAACCACACAACUCUUAAAAUAAAACAUUAGGAGGCAUAGCUUGGAGGGGUGGAACUUUACAUCCCCCCCCCCGCCCCGUUAGAUCGUCCACGGAGGACAGAGGGAGGGUGUGGAGGAGCGAGGAGGUAAUCUCAACAGGGAUUAGAUUUAGCGCCGUGUGCGGUUGUGGGAUUCUGCAGGGUGAAGAGAAGAGUGGAUAAUAGGGGGAGGGGGCCUGUGCACUGUCGCUCCACACGACUGCCCUUGUCUCCCGCGGGCUACGGGAAGGUGGCCACCACUCCCCGGUUUUUAUCACUUAUAAUAAGCAACCAGCCCCCCCCCCCCCCCCCCCCCCACCAGAUUUUGUCUCCAGGUACAGAACCGGAGUUUUACAUUGUUCAUCUCCACAUCGCCAAAAAAUUGCUCGGUUCCGAUCGAGUGAUGUUUCAUUUACACUUUCAAUACACUGCUCGUUUAGAUUACAUUGAGUAAAUGAAUAUUAUUUGUUAUGAUUUCAGAUUAGAUGGAUAACACUGGACUGUGCGAUUUUUUUUCUUUCUAAAAAGACGCACACAAGGACAAGGCUGUCGAUUUAAGUUAAAUGAAGACGAGUGGUAAGGUUCGUGGGAGGGUUUGAAUUCCUGCGUGGAACCAGAACUCCGUUGACCUGCAACGUUUACCCAUGUCCACACGAUCAGUUUUUAACUUUACUUUUUUUUUAUCACUGUCAGAUUAUUUAAAUUAUUACAGUUUAAUAGUAUUUAAAUUCACGUGUUUUUGUGUGCGUGUGUGUAAUGAGUGAAUGUUUCGCUGAUGUCUCAACCGCGAAAAAAUAUUUUACAAAAACAUUCUCAGAAUUGGCCCGUGGGAGGUGCUCUUUCCUUUUGUUUUUAAUUCAUGAAUUUUUCACAGCCGAUAUUUUUGUUGUUGCAUCCGCAACCGAAUUUUGGUGCAAGUCUGCACUGCGCAGGUCACGCCGAUUCAGGCUUGAAUAAAUAAAUAGAUCCCCAUUUCAAAUCUCGCGCUGGAUUGUAAAAGCACAAAUUGCAAAAACUACUUUAUUUAUGUACAGUUAUACACAUACCCUAAUUUAUGGAUUUUUAAAAUUAUAUAUAGAAAUCAAUCACGCUCGAUACGUGGUAACAAGAUACAGUGCAACUCCCACUUGCAUGGAAUAUCUGUACCUGCAUGGGUACCUGCAUGGUGAAAUAAACAGUCAAGAUUGAUAACUCGCACGGCAACUGGAUCGUCAGCGAAUGGAAACUUAAAGACGUAAUAAUCGCCGUUCGCGACUGACGCAGCUCAAGAAUAGCGUUGCCAAUAAUAUCCUAACACCCACUGGCAGAGCCAGUGGGGGUGGGGGGGAGGGUGGGGUGGCACGUGCCCCCCCCAAUGAUCCGAUCGAAAUCCCUAAUUUCGAUCGGAUCAUUGGGGUUUAUUAGUAAUAAAUAGGCAUUUUGCGACCCCCACUGCCACUGUGUAACAUAUUAUUAUGUGCCAGGGACUCUAUGAGAUGAUAGGACAAUAGUCCGAGUCCAUAUUUGGCAAUAAGUAACGUCAAAGCAGUUAUAAGUGACUCAGAAUUGUGCGCAGUUGCGUAUACAGGACACGACUUCCCUGAAGGCAUUCACCUUCAGCGAGCGCGAUGCCGAUCACAACGCGGUUCGAAUUCGACCCUCGAUCGAUGGCUGCGCCAUCGCCGCACAUGCGUCGAAUAAAAAGCAAGGGACAAGUCUUUACUUACUAACAACUCCUCUAUCAUAAUAAUUGGUUCUUUACCCUUCUAUCUGGCAACAAAACU